AUGACGUUCUUCGCUCGGCUCCACGCCCUCAUCCUGCUGACCGUCAUAUCGAUGGUGGCCGCGUCCCUCGUCCACAUCGAUCAUCUGCCUGGCAUCGCUGCCCGCAUCAUUGACCGUGGCUUCGUUACUGCCACUGCUACCCGGGUUGUCACUGAGAUCAACUGCGGUUCCCAUGCCCCUCCCUCUGUGACCGCUGGUGUCCUACCUUUGGGAGAACCUACUGACCUCAUCGUUUCGGGUAUGCCUACUGUCGUUGCCACUGAGCCUACUACCACCCACUCGGUUUCCGCUACUGAGGUAACUCAAGUGACUAUCUCGCUGCCCAGCACCAAGGCGACUUGGACUUCAGUUAUUGAGGUGACUUCUGCAACUCUUUCGACCCCGGUCCGGGUCCCGGUCACUGAAACUGAAACUGAGACUGAGCCUUGCCCCUCGGUCAAGGAGAUGACUUCUGUUUCAUUCUCUCCCACCGGCACCAAGGCUACCUCUGUGACCCUCACUGAGACGGAGCCUGUGCCUUUCUCAAGCUCCGUGAAAACCCCCGAGCAUACCACCUCUGAUAUCUCGACCCAGACCUUCAAGGUAAUCCCAAAGCCUCUCACUACUGUGACUCCUGGAGUCAAUGCCGGCACGACUACAGCUCCAGUCGAUCUCUCUACUUUGUCGGCUGGUAUCAAACCCACUGGGAUGGUCGUCACCAUUUCGUGCUCCAACUGCGCCAAGUCACCUGGCACUGCGGGUACUACUGCUGCUCCCCCUGCUGGUAUCACCAAUACAACUUACCCUGUUUCUCCCACUACCUCGGUGCUUGUGCACACGGGUGUGGCUGAUCACCAGAGUGGAUUCCUGACCCAUUCCAUCAUGGUUGCAGUUUCCAUCGUGGUCUUUCUCAAUGCUCUUUGA